GGGCGAUCAUGUUGAUGAUGGGGAAGAUGGGACCUUUAAAAGAAGUGGACUCGGUAAAAGAGCAGCACAGGACCAUCCGCCCCAGAAGAGGUGCACGCUGACAUGGAGCUUCCUCCCAAACUUGCCUUGUCCGUGGCAGUGAUUUUCGCGGUGAUCACUUGCAAUCCAGUGGAGGCUUGGUACAAACAGGUGGCCGGUCCCAGCUAUUACUCGGUGGGCAGGGCGUCCGGCUUGCUGUCCGGCAUCCGGAGGUCAUCGUUCGUGAGAAGAGAGGAGGCUCCACCGGACACUGAAGAGCCUGCGAUCAGCAGCGUGUUGUCCGGCUUAAUAUCGCACAACAGCAUUUUGAAGACAAUGCCUGUUUGUAUUAAAGAAGUCACACCAAACCUGCAGAGCUGCAAAUUUUUCCAGGAAAUCAAGGGAUCGCUAAAAUGUGAGGCAGAUGUCAUCCUCUCCUUGGAUUCCUCAGACUGUGAUGGAGACUGAGCAGAAAAGCUGGCUGCAGUCCUGGAAGAUGAAGCCGAUUCCUUGGAAGAGUGGCAUAAAACAAAGAAAAGAAAAUCCAUUUAACUAAAAACUGACACUCCCCUUGAUAGAAAAAUGCUUAUGUGUACCAUCAUCAGAAGUAUUCCAAAUUAAAAUUGUCACAUAUUUAAAUUGUCAAUGUAAUGCGCUAUAAAUGUUAUCAUGAAUAAAUUGUUCAUAUCGCAACCGUUAUUGAAAAUGCUACAUUCACAAGUCCUUGUGAUGUUUUAUUCUUCAGUCGAACAACUUGCUAUCUAUUUUCUGGUAGAUUUGAAGAAACUAAAUACUUCUGAAAAAGGUUAUGAUAAGAUAUAUUUCACUUCCUGGUGAUUAAUAACAGAAAAUAUAUGUUUCUCAGAAGAGAAAGGUCUUAUUUUUGUCUAAAGACCAAUUUUUAUGCUUGCAUCCCAUUUUAGAAUUAG